CGAUGGUCAAAACACGACCAGACAGGCAUACGGUAGGGGGGCAACGGAGACUUUGUUGUGUACAAACCAGUGCCACUCAUGGGGACCAAGCUGGGAGGACAAUCGUGUUGUGAAAACCGGUGUUCGUUGUAUGCGCUUGCCAUGACUCUUUGGUGAAAAUUCUGCGUUCGUUAUAGCGACUCUGUUGUGCAAUUUCACUUAUAACACAAAGAUAGAAACUGAAUGUUCCCCGGACUUCGAUGAUACCAGCUUAUCUCUCAGUUGCAUUUAUUUCCACUUGUGUCUUACGUCCGUGAUAUAAAGAGCUCCAACCAAGAAGCGCGGCGGGAGUACAGUUAUCAGUGCAUGGAGUGAGGCGCCUGUGUCUUGGCCUGGGUGUGAGGUCGUGUGAGGUUGUGCGUUCAAGCCAUGAGGUGGCCCCGCGGUGGGAAACUGUUCGGGAGGGGAUCUUCCCCUGUCAUUGUGACCCUCCUGGCGUGUGUUGUGACACUUCAGUUUCUACUGCUGACGCGACAACACCCUGUUAAGGAUGGGAAGAUGGAACGGGUGCACAGCCAGACAGACAUGAAGGAAGUACGCGAGGAACGGAUGGAGCCAGUCAAGGAAUGUUCCUGUGGGUCUACCAUUGUUCCGGGAACGACGCCGGAUCCAAAUCCUCUCUUGUUCCCUGUACCAAAACGCGACAAAGCGUUUUUAACAAUAGGAAUCCCAGCGAUCAAACGCGAGGGAGCGUCCUAUUAUGCGGAGACGAUAAAGUCAAUGACGUCAAACAUGUCUCCAGAGGAACAGAAAGAAGUCCUGAUUGUUGUGUUUUUGGCCGAUACGGACCCUACAGUAAAAGCAGAGCUAUCGGGGGACAUCAGGCGUAACUUCAGUGAUGCUAUUGACGCAGGAAUGCUUCACGUGAUCCAGGCUCCAAGUGGCUAUUAUCCAAACUUGACUAUAACGAAAUUCACAUACGGUCAGGAAAAACACUACAUACAAUGGCGAGCGAAACAAAAUUUUGAUUAUGCUUUCAUGUUUGAAUACAGUUUAGAUAUUUCAAAGUAUUAUAUGCAAAUUGAAGACGACGUCAUAACGGUUGACGGAUACAUCGGCGCCAUUAAACAGUACAUCGAAGAACAGCCGGAUAAGACAUGGACGUGUUUGGAAUUUUCAGAACUUGGAUUUAUAGGGAAGUUGUACAAGAAUUCGGACUUGCAGAAGCUAGCUGCCUUGUUGAAAUUAUUUUAUGAGGAACAGCCUGUGGAUUAUACGUACUUGUAUUUCAAUAUGCUGAACACGCAAAUGGUACAACGCUUACGUAAACCGACGUUAUUUCAACACAAAGGAAUUCAUUCGUCCUACCCUGGCAAAAUCCAGCCCUUGAAAGACAGUUUUUUUGAUCAGAUGACUAAACAAUACAAGGCAGAUAACCCACCAGCGGAAGUUUUUACAUCAAUGGAAGCAUAUUUGACGUUCCUUCCGAGACUAGCUUAUGAGAAAACGGAGGGUUGUUUUUUGACACAUCGUUCACCAAGUGACGGUGACAGUUUCACCGUCGUUUUCCAGGAACCGCAUCGGCUGCGAAGAGUUAUCAUAGAUACUGGGUCAGUAGGUCACCCAGAGGACAUACUGCUCAGCGGUCACUUAGAGGUCAGUUUGACCUUACUGAAAACCGAGGUCAAUAUACAAUGUGUGAACGAUAUCAUGAUCGGUGAAUUCAAAGAUGGACGAAUUGACGUUGAUGCCCUUGAGGAAAUUAUCAAGUUCAAGGCCAUGUGUUUAAAGGUCAGGAUUACAAAGCACCAAGAGCCUUGGUUGAUUGUACGAGAGAUUGCAGUGUUUACUGCGUCGUGAAAGAUGAGAUUUGUCUGAAUAAUGUUUGUGUUGAAGCUGGUAUAUAUUCACAUGAGUGUUGUGUGUUUGUGGUGGGAAACUACGGAAGCCUUUUAGGGCCAUUUGUUUU